UGUCAAGCUGACGAGAGCACUGCAUGAAUUACUGUCACAGUCAAGCCGGAGACUAGAAGGCAACAUCUGGAAAUGGCUCAAGAGGACCAGAAUGAAACGUCACAACAAACAGCAGCCAGUGACGAAGAGAAGGGGACCGCAAAACAGGCCUCUCCUGCUGUUAUUGAGAUUCAUGACUCUACGACCGAAUGUGAAGAUGAAGGAAGGGCCAGUGUGGUGCAAAUGGAGGAGAAGGCAUUUGUGUCGCGGUUGCACUCUUUUAUGAAGGAGAAAGGCACACCCAUAGAAAGGAUUCCACACCUGGGCUUUAAACAAAUUAAUCUUUGGAAGAUCUACAAAGCUGUUGAUAAACUUGGAGGCUAUGAUUCAGUGACGGCACGACGCCUUUGGAAGAAAGUCUACGAUGAGCUGGGAGGAAGUCCCGGAAGCACCAGUGCAGCUACUUGCACUCGCAGACAUUAUGAGAGGCUGGUGCUUCCCUUUGAGAGAAAUAUAAAAGGCGAGGAAGAUAAACCUCUGCCUCCAAGCAAACCACGAAAGCCGUACAAGAGAAAUUUGGAUGCCAAGAUGACCAAGGCAGAAGAGAAGAGGAAAAGGACUCAUUCGGAUAGAGACAUUGAUUCAGAGUUACUCACCCAGAGAAGCCCAGAAUCUUCCUGUCAAAAUGAAGCAGUGAUGCCUCCUCACUCUGCUCUCUGGGCUGACAGACACCACUCUGAGCCAAACAGAGCCACCACGAAUCUCUGCACUUCUGUCUAUGCACACCUUCUCCAGGUCCCCACAUCCAGCUCAUGGAUUGCUCAUUUACCAUCUGCAACCGGUGAGGUCAUCUCUCCUCUGGAGAAAAAAAAACGAGUGGCUCAGGCUAGCCUUAAUUUGCCGGCAAGUUCUCAGAGCGAGGAUAAAGAAAGACCCUCCGUCAUCCACUGCUCCCUGUCACCAGCCAGGGCUUCUUUCAGCAGGAACUGCAACUCCUCUGAUGGCUCCCCACUCCCUUUAUCCUCCUCUUCUUCCCGUAGCCCCUCCCCUUACUCUGUUUCAUCAGAGGACGGUCCAGCAGGAGGUGAAGAUAAACCUGUAUCAAGCUCAGAAAUGCCCCAAAAUGGUUCUGUCAAAAAUCCAUCGGGCUGUAGUGAGGAUGACAAGACUGUUAGUAAGGUAUGCAAAGACCCUAAAGGACAGACUAAGGAUGUUUCUCAAGUCAUCUCUGACCCAAUUAAAAGCCAAGUAAAAGACUCUGCCAGUAAGCCCAUCUACAAAGGAACUGGCAAAUAUUACCCUCAUUCUUUCCACCCAUCCUCCUCAUUCCCUGUGAAACCUGGCUGGGUACCAACAUCUACCUCUAGUUUCACCAAAGUAAUUCCAAAAUCAAGUCAUCUUCUACGACCCACUCCUGUUCGGCCAAGCUACAAAAUCCACCAGGGCAGGUUGCUUCAGCAGGAUGACUCUUGUGCAAAGAAGGUGAACAAUCUGACUCCGUGGCCUUAUCAGACAGAGAAGAGGGAGAAAUCCAGGACAAUGCAACAAAAAAUUCCUCCCAAUCAGCAGAGCCUAUUCCACUCCGCUGCCACCCUGCCAGUGCCGUGCGGCCUGUCAGGCUACGACAAAUCAGGCAGAGACUCCAGGCACCAGCCUCCGCUGCACCCUGCAUUUUUUCCCAACAGAAUGAGACUACCUCACUCUCAGCUAAUGUACCGCCACGUACCCCUGGGUCCACCUCACUCUGCUCUCAUCGGGUCUGCUCUUUACCCCUAUCCCUACCCCAUUCCUCUGUUAAAUCCCCCAACUGCGUAUGCCCUUCCUGCCGUGAAUCCCAUUUACUCUCAAAAGCUGUGAUUUUUUUGUUUGUUUGUUUUUGUGUCAGGAACUUGUUACUUAACAAAAACGGGCGUGGUCAUAAUGAUAAUUGUAAUGAAAGAAAGCGGCCUUUAAGUUUAUUGUUCUGUUGCUCAGUGAAGUUUUGUUGAGGCCUUACUUGUGUUUUAAACAUCAAAUAUUUUUAAUUUAUUGCAACUGAGUGGCUUCACCAAAGACAAACAGUACUGAGGAGGGAUGAAGUCAGGGCAGUAAUGGCUACAAUGAAACACGUUAAAAACAUGACUAAGUGUAUCCAAGAGGUGCACUAUUUCAAAAUAUGAAAUAUUUCUUUAGCUGCUAAACUAAUGUCAAAAAUAAAAUAUAUAUAAAUAUAACCUGUAUAAUAUAACACAUUACCAUUGGUUAUCUUUAUUUUUUUAUUUCUUUAUAUUUUAUCUAGAACAUUUUAAUUAUAUGUCGUAAUGAUUAUUAAAAUGAAUUUUAUAUUCAAGUCACAAUGAAAGUGGUACCACAGUUAUCCUCAAUUGCACAAUUUCAGUAUUUUGUUUUUGAAAGAAAAAAAAAAAAA